CGAUGAGCGCUUCUGGCGCUCCUCUUUCCAGGGCUCGUCGACAGGAAUUGGAAUAUGCAUUUCGAUUGUUUGACACCCGCCGUAAGGGUAGUCUAAGUUAUAAUGAGCUAAAGAGGCUUCUCUUUGCGGUUGGCAUAAGCCUUAAUCGUCAGGAGUUGAUGUAUUUGCAAAUGGAAGAAGACAUUCGUGGAUCCUUUAUAUUAGAGGAUGUGUUAGCUCUUGGGGCUACGCUAUAUUCGGAUACCAUUAUCCGUGAUCGGUUGACUCAGGCUUUUCAGGCUCAUUUCCCUGGUCAACAGUCAGUAAACCGCGACAUUUUGGAGCCUUUGCUUUAUAAAUUAGGUCGCCAAUUAAAGGUAGACCCUGGUGAGAUUGAAGCAUGUCUCAACGUACAGUUUGGGGGUUCAUCGCAGCGUGAUAUUCCCAUUUCAGCUUUUAUCGACAUGGUACUAUCGGAGUGAUUGACGUAAACGACGUACAGAGAUAACAACGGCCACUGUC